AUGAGCCAUCGUGCCCGAAUUGUCCCUGGUAGAACCUUCAGAUUUAACGAGUGUGUGUGCACGCCGUAUAAUGCUGAUUUUGAUGGUGAUGAGAUGAAUUUGCAUGUUCCACAGACCCAUGAGGCUAGAGCAGAAGCGAGCCUUCUCAUGGGAGUGAAAAGCAAUUUGAUAACUCCUAGAUCUGGCGAACCGUUGAUUGCUGCCAUUCAAGAUUUCAUCACGGGUGCUUACUUGAUGACGCACAAGGACACCUUUUUCACUUUCAGCGAGGCUUCCCGAAUGGCUUCGUCUAUUAUCAAUUGCAACUCAAAGAAGCAGAAGCGUAUUCGACUCCCAGUUCCAGCCAUUUGGAAACCAGCGAAGUUAUGGACGGGGAAGCAGCUCAUUGAACUCAUCGUCUCUGAUGAUAUUGAUAGUCCGAAGAAGCUCAAUCUAACAACCCCUAAUAAGAGCUACACGGGUAAUCGGGAGUUUUGUGUGAAGGACUCUUUCGUCAUAUUUCGAAAUGGGCAGCUUAUUUCUGGAGUCCUGGACAAAUCGUUGUUGGGUUCUAGUUCAAAGACAAAUAUCUUUUAUAUUCUUCUGCGAGACUUCGGAGAGGAUGCUGCUGUGGACGCAAUGUGGCGACUUGCACGGAUGAUGCCAACAUUUCUUUCGAACCGUGGUUUCUCUAUAGGGAUUGGCGACGUUCAUCCAAGCGCACAGUUGCUCAAGGAGAAACAAAUUUUGUUGAAUAAUGGUUACAAGAAGUGCCACGAGUAUAUUGCUCAACUCAAAUCCGGUCAACUAAAAGCUCAACCUGGAUGUACUGAUGAGGAAACGUUGGAGGCGCUGAUACUGCGUGAACUGUCGUCAAUUCGUGACAAGGCUGGUAAAGCCUGUGUCGAUAAUCUGUCGAAGCACAACGCUCCGUUGACUAUGGCCGUUUGUGGGUCAAAAGGGUCGUUCAUCAACAUAUCCCAGAUGAUUGCGUGCGUAGGUCAACAGGCUAUCUCCGGACAUCGUCCACCGGACGGAUUUGACAAACGUUCUCUUCCUCAUUUCGAAAAGCUUCAAAAGACUCCUGAAGCAAAAGGUUUUGUCGAGAACAGUUUCUUCUCUGGUCUGACUCCCACAGAGUUCUUCUUUCACACUAUGGGUGGUCGUGAAGGACUUGUGGAUACUGCGGUAAAGACAGCUGAGACAGGAUACAUGCAGCGCCGUCUGGUGAAGUGCCUUGAGGACCUUUGCGCAAGCUAUGACGGUACUGUUCGAUCGUCUGUUGGUGAUAUUGUGGAGUUCAUAUUCGGGGAAGAUGGCUUGGACCCGGCCUUGAUGGAAGCAAAGAAUGGGUCGGUGCUGGAUUUUGCUCAUCAGCUUGAACACGUUCGGAACACCCAUCCCUUCAACGGCGAUGAAGAGUUGGACAGGAAUGAUAUGGAGGCGUUAUCGAAGACGAUCCUGGACAAAGAGUUAGGCGAUUCUCAUCCGUUGUUUCGCACUCAGUUGGAGGAUUUCAUUAACGAAGUCAUCCGGAAAACCUCAAUGGUAUACAAGACCCCUGAGUAUUGCAGUAGCCAUCCAAAGGGAAGCGCACAAGUGCAUGCUCACUGUGUAUCCCAUUCACAAUUUGUAGCCUUUCUCGAGGCUUGUUGUCUCAAAUUAAGAAAGGCAGUCGUUGAACCAGGAACAGCCGUAGGUGCCAUUGCGGCUACUAGUAUAGGCGAACCUUCAACGCAGAUGACACUGAAGACAUUCCACUUUGCUGGUGUCGCCUCAAUGAACAUUACGCAAGGAGUGCCGCGUAUAAAGGAGAUAAUUAACGCCGUUAAAGCUGUAAAUUUCAACGCCAAUCAUUACUGCGAAGUUAAUGGACAGUCGAGACGAAAGGCUGGCACGGCAGGAGAAAUCUGUGAUUACAUCGAAGAAGUAAAUAUGCCAGAUAAUACGUUCCUACUGUUGAAAUUGAGUUCCAAGCGUAUUCGAAUUCUUCAUUUAGAGGUCACAAUGACAAGUAUUGUGCAGAGUAUACUUUCUACAAAGUCCUUUGUACCCUUCAAAUUGGCACAGGUAAAGCAUCGCGGUGGCGUGAGCCGUGUAUUAUUCAAAUUGUUCCUCGUUCAGAUUACUAUCGUUGGAAAAUCUAUGAUGGUUAUUCGACCACCUGCUGAUUCGAAGUUUAGUAAGGCAAUUACCGUACAAAUAAUGAAGCAGACUUUACAAAGGGUUAUAGUGAAAGGCUUGCCGAAUGUGGUACGUUGUGUAAUUCACGCCGAUGAGAAGCGCGGGGAUGAGUACAGUAUCAUUGUGGAAGGUAGCGAUUUCCGUGGUGUACUCUCUCAGCCAGGAAUCGAUGGCCGUUACACAAACUUCAACAAUGCCUUAGUCGUAGCCGAGGUGAGUUACUCUGUAGCUCACGAACUUCAACCAUGUUUUGUUAUUUGUGUUGAACAGUCAGAACUGGUCAUAGUCAAAUUCUGA